GAAAAUUCGGCCGAAUGGAGAGGAAUAAAUUGAUUUGAGAGGGGUGCCCGUUUUGGUGAGCAGGGGGUGCUCAGUGUGGUUUUGGGGAGGGUAGGGACCGGCUCACCUUCCCGGGGCUCCCUGCAGAGAAUCUUGAGGCCUAGCGCCUGCGGCGGCGGGCAGUCCCGUGAGACAUCGGCGUUGGGCGGGCUGGCCUACUUGACAGGCGCCGUGGUGCCGUAGGUCUUCAUUUUCGGGGAGCGUCGCCGCGACCUCGGCGUUAGUACAGCUGUGCAAGUAGCCAGCAGUCAGCACACGCGAUAAAAGAAACUGCUGGAAAGUCCCCACGACAUGAAAUAGCUGUAUGAAAAACUCUCGACUACUCUGUCUCACCUCACCAUGGCAACACAUCAACUAAUGUGGCAACUCGAGACGACUGACGACUAUGCCUUUCCUGAAGAAGUUCAAACCCUGUCCCGAGUGGAGGCGAAAGGAACAGAUAAGCUACAAGUCCGGUACGAGGCACACCGUGUACUUCCUCAACGGCGACCAGCAUGUGGGUGACUGGCGAGACGACAAGCGGGAAGGAAAGGGCGCCGCCCUGACGCGCGGGGGGCACCUGUACGAGGGCGACUUCUCCGGCGAGCUGCGCCAGGGCCACGGCGUGCUCAGCAGGCGGAUGGCGGACGGCUCCCUGCAGCUCGCGUACAGCGGCCAGUGGGAGCGCGGCAAGCGACACGGCUGGGGCAUCGGCCGCGACGCGGACGGCUCUUGGUACGAGGGCUGCUGGCGCGAGGGCCGGCGCGCCGGGGAGGGCCGCGGGUGGCUCCCGGACGGCAGCUUCUACCACGGCGAGUGGCUGGACAACCAGUUCCACGGCCGGGGCGUCCUCGUGCAGCCCAACGGAAACUGCUUUGAAGGGGAAUUCCAGUGUGGCGUCAAGCACGGGCAGGGCCGGUUUUUCCACCUGGACAGCGGGCAGCUCCAGGAGGGCGUCUGGGACCAAGGCGUCUGCGUGUCCAGCACUCUGAGGCAAGCAGAGUCCUCCGGCUUCACCAUGCCGCCCAACGAACUCCUCAACGCGGAUGGUGUGGCGGAGGAGAGUCAGCAGGGCGCUCUGCAAAGAGUUCGCUCUAAAAGUGUGAAGAGCGCAGCAUCUCUUGGACGGCUGGGAACUGGAAAUAUUUAGUGCAUGUAGGACUGGGA